UUGCUGAGUGUUUUUUCUUGUACCUUUUUGCCUCGUUUUUAAUAUAAAUGGCCCAUGCCAAGAACAGUAGCAUCAAAAGAUGAGACUCAAAUUGGUAAUAAAAUAUAUUGUAUGGGUUCUAAAAAUGUGAUGCUAAUGUCGCUCGCUAGUGGUCAUAAGUGGAAACUGACUUGAUGUGAUAUUAGCUUGUCCCUCCAGAUCUCGACGAUGGAUGUUGUCCUCCAUCGCUCUCCUGCAUUAUUUAGGCGGACAGCCGUAGCUCUGUUAAACCUUGCUUCCCGGCCAAGAUACGAUAGGAGCACUGUUUUGGAGUCAAGUGGAGUGCUGAGUGAUGUCACUGCACAGCCAGUAAGAAGUGUUUGCAUCGCAUCAGUAAUCUCAGAAUUGAAGAGGGUGAACCUUACUGAGUCACACCCGUGCCUUCGUAUUACAUCUGAAUGGACAUGCCCUGGAAUCUACAGGAGUUCUGUUAGGACAUGCUCCAGUGAAACUGUUACAAGCAAGCGCCGUGUGAUUCCCAAUCAAGCAAGCAAGGAGUAUCUGGCCAGCAUUGGUCUCGACUGUGACAGGCUACAGAAGUCUCGUCCCACUGUGCUGAAACAGAAUGUGGGCCACCUGCAGCAGCAUGUCGACCUCCUCAGGAGCCUUGGUCUGGACAAUUCAGACAUCAUCAACAUCAUCUACAAGGAAGCUGCAUUCCUGAGGAAAGAUGUAAAGUCUGUGUAUGAGUUGGUAGAGUACCUGAAGAACACUGGUCUAACGGACAGUCAGGUUGCCAACAUCUUUCAGAGGGCGCCCCGCUUCUUCAGCACACCUGAGACAGUCAUGGACAAUGUCGAGUAUAUGAAGUACCUUGAUGUCACGGACAAGAACAUCUGCUAUACCUUGAUCUACACUCCAUCCAUGUUCUACAGGGUUCAAGGUGGGGUGGAGCGGGUAGCUUCAUACCUCAAGCAAGUCAUGACGGAGGAAAAAUUUGUAGGAGACCAUAACCUUGUCAUCCGUUAUAUCAUGAGGAACGAUCCAGCCCUUUUCAUCCGACAGGUUUCUGAAUUGGAGAACAACGUGAAGUUCUUGAAGGGAUCUGGAUUUCAUGGAGAGGACUUGAUAUCGAUCAUCCGUUACUGUCCCAGCUCAAUUCGUAUUGGAACCGAGUUCCUCAAGUCACGGCAGGAAUAUCUCCUGAAGCAUUUGUCUCUCACUAAAACUACGUUGAGAGACCUCAUCCGCAGGCACCCGCAGUUGCUUCAUGCCAGUAUAGAGACAAUCCAAUCUCACAUCGAUCUUGUUCUUGAGCUAGGCUUCACAACGCAGGAUAUGGUUAAAACUCCUAGAAUCUUUUCUCGUAGUCUGAGUUCAAUCAGGACUCGCUAUGAUGAACUAACUGCAGUUGGGUGCAAGCCUAAUCUAGGAUCGUUCAUUUACUCCAAAGAGAGACAUCAGCUGGUCGUGCUGAAAUUUAAGAUGAACGAACGCAAGAAAAACAAAAGGACUGAUGAAAUUGAAAAAUAGAUGGUUAUUUUCAUGCGGUUGAUUUUAUGUUUUAUUUAAGUUAAUUUAGAGCAAAUCAUAUGCAAAAAGCUUGUACAUCGCAUACAUGUAUAUGUGGUAUGGAGGAAGUUGAAGUAACUUGGUUAUAAAAACUCCUUGGAACCAAGAAUAUUAUUUUGUUCAAUUUGUUGGUACCUUAUAUUAUUUAUAAGGGCUCAAAAAUAACCGAAUUCAAAGAAUUUGGACGGUCACGUUCAUUUGUUAUAAUGAGUGUCUGUUAUAACAGCAUUCUCUGUAAUUAGGUUCCUCUGUUCUAUUGAAUAUUUGAAUGUACAUAUUUAAUUUAAACUGGAAA